UUUUACACCGGAAGUGAAUCAAGAAAACAGUCCCGUUCAGCAGAAUUUUGCGCUCGUAAACAAUGUUUAGUGCGUUUCAUCAAACAGAGCCAGCAAUUUGAGAAACACAGUGAAAUAUCGCGGAGGAACGCGAAACUCGCCCCUCCGCUGUCCGCCACGAUGCCAGCCUUACUGGAAAGACCAAAGCUUUCAAGUGCGAUGGCCAGAGCCCUCCACAAGCACAUUAUGAAAGAGAGAGAGAGAAAAAGACAAGAAGAAGAAGAAGUGGAUAAAAUGAUGGAACAGAAAUUGAAAGAAGAAGAGGAAAGAAAACGAACUACCGAAAUGGAGGAACGAAUGUCAUUGGAGGAGACCAAAGAACAGGUUCAAAAAAUGGAUGAAAAAUUGCUAAUUUUGCAAGAGGAGAAACAUCAACUCUUCUUACAGCUUAAAAAGGUCCUUCAUGAGGAGGAAAGACGGCGAAGAAGGGAGCAAAAUGAUAUUACAACACUGUCAUCAACAAACUACCAGCCCAGCAUACCUCUACACUCAGGACAGCAUCUACUCAGUAUACAUGGCAGUCCAUUGAGUCACAAUAGAGCUGGAACUCUUUUAGGAGAACGUGGUAAACAGUUGUUCCAGACUCCUCUGAUGCCUGGCUACCCCUUCCACAGCCAGCCAGGUUUUCCUCCUGGUUCCUCAGAGCAUAGCCAGUUCUCUGGAAGCACUGCGGUCCAUGAGCCAUAUGCAGUUACUCAGGCCCCGCACCAUUCCUCUUACGGGGCUGCUGCUUCUGUGCCCAUCAGCUUUGCAGGCAGCACCCAGAUCAGAGGGGCAUCACCUUUUCAGAGCAUGCCAUUCCUGCCCCAUCAAGCUCCGGGCCAUGCUGUCUUAAGCCAUUUCUCCUCCCAGCCAGGAUUUAUCCCCAGUGCAAGUAUCCCCCUUCAGAAACAGCUUGAACAUGCCAAUCAGCAGUCUGGGUUUACUGACUCGGCUGCUCUCAGACCCAUGCAUCCACAGGCUUUACAUGUGAGUGCAGCUGGCCUGCUGUCCGCCCCAUCCAUGGCUGUGCAGAUCCCUACCACAAAGGCUCCAUUUACAAGUUCCCCUCAGUCAGCGUCACGGCACGUGUUUCUCCCUCACGCUCAGCCUGGACAGAGAUUCUAUCAUCAUGGAAAACCACAUUAACUGCUAAAAGCCUGA